AUGAAUAACGUCUUGUUUGGAGACGAACAAAUGGGCGGAUAUUAUGAGACGGUAGCAGGUGGAGCCGGGGCUGGAAACGGUUUCUGUGGACGAUCUGCGGUUCACACUCAUAUGACAAACACAAAAAUAACCGAUCCAGAGAUUCUAGAAUUGAGGUAUCCGGUAAUACUGCGCGAGUUUGGCGUACGACACAAUUCCGGCGGCGUGGGAAAAUAUCGUGGGGGUGACGGAUGCAUCAGAAAAAUACAGUUUCGUCGGCCGUUGAAGCUUUCAGUGUUAACAGAACGACGAACUGUUGCUCCUUAUGGCUUGGCCGGUGGAGGCGAUGGCGCUAGAGGAUUGAAUCUGUUAAAACGAAACGGCGGCCGAGUGGUGAAUUUGGGCAGCAAAAACAGUGUUGUGGUCGGCGCUGGGGAUGUGUUCGAACUGCAAACACCAGGAGGUGGUGGAUAUGGCUCACCCGAAGCCUGA